AGUGGCGUGGAUGCGCUUCUGUCCAAUUCGUUGGCGUCAACACGGCAAGCCGCCAAAUGCACAAAAAGGAGUGAACCCCGCGACCAUAAGACGAGCACCAGAGAAGAAAAGGAAUUCUCGCCUCGCCCUGGAUAAGAUCGAUUUGCGGCAAGAAGAAUGUUUAAUCGCUUGAGCUCUAGGCUGCGCAAUUCCGGAGCUCACGGCCACAGCAACAAGAAGAAGAUCGAUUCACGGCCAGCAUCAUCGCCCCCUGCUGCUCGCAAUGGGAAUCGCCCAUCAUCGCCGGCGAACUGGGACGACACGGAGAGCCUAGACUCGUACAGUGCCUUCCACGCCGAGAGCCUGUUCCCGCUUGAUUCCAGCGGCGAGCAGGCGGUGGAUCCUCGGGCCUCCACCAACGAUCAGUUCCUGGGGAGCCUUUCCUUCAAUUCCUCGUCCGAUGACAACGAUCAGGCCUCCAAGAGAAGCUGGCCGACAUCCUCGUCGGUGCCCGAGGAGGAGAUCAACGUGGGACCGGCUGUUCUUCCCGAGUACGUCGAGGCCGAGGAGCAAUUCCUGGAUGAUUACGAGGACUACUUCGAGAACCUGUCCCUGGACAAUGUGAGGAAGGAGCAGUACUCCAAUCUCGACCUCCAGCGCGUGGUACACCUUGACUACGCCAACAAUCCACUCUUCUCGAGCUACCAGGUGGAGGAACACACGCAGUUUCUUCUGGAAGAGGCUCCCUGCUCGGCAUCCAUUCUCCCAUCCAGCUCUCGGCUAAGAAACCGGAUAGUCGGCCUCCAGAACAGGAUCCUUGGCAUGCUCAACGCAUCCAAGGACGAUUACCCGACGCUCGUCUUGACGGCUGGGGUGUCGGCCAGCUUCCGAUUGUUCGCAGAGAUCUACCCACUGGACAGGAGCAGCCAGAUUCUCGUGUGCCAGGACGCGCACGAGUCCAUCCGCCACCUCGUCUCGGCCGCGGCGAGGUCGGGCACCCGAGUUAGCGUUGCCGGGCUGCGAUCGACGGACCUCGCCGCUCCCCGGGGCGAGAUCCAACGGCUGCUAAACAAGAUGGCGUCGAGACUGGUCAUCGGCCAAGGCGGCGGCGUCGUCGUCAUUCCAGCGCAAUCCGGCCUCACCGGCACUCGCUAUGGUGUGGAUUGGAUCAAACAAACGCACGCCAAGGGGUGGCACGCGCUGCUGGAUGUCUCGAUCGCCCUCCCCGCGGCUGGAGUAGUGGACGUCGCGAUCGAGCGGCCCGAAUUCGUGGUGGGCUCGCUGCAUCACGCGCUGGGGUAUCCUCCCGGCGUGGGAUUCCUGGCGAUCAGGCGGGAUGUGGAGGCUCUGGUGAUGAAGAAGCUCAAAUCCAGGACAAGCCCAGCGUUUGUGGAGGCCGCGGGAGUUCACAUUGCUUGCGAGGACGGUGGAAUGGUGAUCAAUGGGCUCACGCUGGCGGCAGUAGCGACGGGAUUGGAUCAUCUGGAAUCGAUCGGCAUGGACAGGAUCGGGAAGAGGGUCGAAUGCCUGGCAGCGUGGCUGCACGCCAAUCUCAAGAGGAUCAACCACGUCGGCGAGAACUCGCGGCCCAUGAUCAAGGUCUACGGCAGCAAGGAGCGCGAGCGAGGGAGCAUGGUGGUGUUCAAUCUAGUGGAUUCCACUGGGAAUCUCUUCCCGCCUCACAUUGUUCGCAGCCUGGCCGAGAAGCAGAACAUCAAGCUCGGGACUUGCGGAUUCGCGAAUCAUCCACUGGUGGCGCCGAUUUCCCAGCGAUCAUCGUCGGCGCAUCCACUCGCCACAUUCAGGGCCGUGAAAAUCUCGCUGGGUACCGUGUCGAAUUUCCAGGAUGCCUAUCGAUUCGUCCAGUUCUUGCUGCGAUUCAGGGACGAGGAGUACAUGUCGGUGGAGGCCAUGGGAUUCAUCGAAGAGUCAGCGUUCAAACAACGUUGAAUGGACUAGCCGGUCGUGUAAUUUAAAACUCUUUGCCGGAAUAUUUAGUGAAUAUUCUGCUA